UUUUAUUAAGUACAAAUAAACUGAGAGAAGAAGCAACGAAAUAAAAAAUGAAUUUAAAAACUAAAAGACUUUUGAAAAAGAAGGAUAUAUAGUUAAAUAGAUAUUUCGAUGUAGUUUUUGUUAAUUAUAAAAAAUCUAAACAAUUAUUAAAUUAAGUUAGGGUGUUAAAUAUUAGUAAAGAGAUGAUUUAGAUUUCUAGAAAUUUGAUUAAGGGAUUAGUCAAUAACAGAAAAAAAUAGUUUAUAAGCAGUUUAUAGUAGAAUUAAAAUAUAUUUGCAUUCCAGUUCAAGCAACAUAACGCUUCAAUCUGUUACAAACCAAUUUAUAGCUUUUUUUGGAAUAAAUCGAAUAAAGAAGCUGAAAAUUUAGAUAAAAACAAUACUAAAAACACUGCUGCUGCUGCAUCUGCUAAGCAAGAAAAGAAAGAAGACGAUUAUUUUAACCCUCAAUCAUGGGACAGUUUAGGAUUUUUAAUGGAAUAGUAUAAGGAAGCUAGUAAAAAUAAAAAGCCCCUUCUUCCACCUUAGGAUCCGAAAUAUAGGGGCAAGUUAACAGUAGUUUUAGAAAUGGAUGAAAUCCUCUUCUACACAUUUGUUCCUGAUGAGCACGAAGCUUACAUCAACGCCCCAUUAAAAGAUCAUGAUUACUACUUUGAAUUACCUGAAUAUGACACAUACUUGAGUGUGUAUAAAAGACCUCACUUAGAAGAAUUUUUAAAAUAUUUAAGAGAAAACACCGAACCUAUAUUAUUUACAAAAGGAGUCAAAUCAUAUGCAGAAAAAGUUCUUAAAUUAAUAGAUCCCGAAAAUACAUUCGCUCAUAUCUUGACUAAUGAAGAUUGUGAUAAAAUUGUUUACCCUCCUGAAGAUAUGGAUGAAUAUGUUAAAGAUUUAGAUCGUCUCAACAGAGAUAUGAAGAAAGUAGUAUAUAUUGACAGUUAACCUAUUAGUUUUUGGUCUGCUCCAGAUAACGCCUUACCUGCCUCUUCAUAUUAUGCUGAAUUACAUGAUGAUGACAAUUAAUUAAAGGAAAUAAUAGAUGAGUUGAAAUUUUUAUCUACUUAGGAUGAUGUAAGAACAAUCUUAUCAGAAGAAUUUAAAGUGAGAGAAACUUUGAAGCAAUCAAGAUUCUUGUGAAAACAAAACAAUGCUAAAUCAUUAUUUAUAAGAACCUCUUUACAAAUUUAUCAACUGCAUUGUUCUAUCAAAAUUUAAUAUCCAAAAAUGUAGUGUUACAUUACAGUCUGUAAUCAAUCAUAAGGAUAAUUUAAUUAGAUAACCA